UACUCUGCCGACGACCGGCGGAAACACGAAAGCACACUGCGCCGGAUCAUUAUGUGCAGAGCAGGAUUUGCGCGGACACGCGGCGACAUCUAACCUUUCCCGGUCGAACUCAUAAGAAUACCAUCAGCUCGGCUGCAUCACCGGUGAUGCACCACACAACGCUGCACAGCGCGUUAUACUCGUUGCUCCCCAUGCAGUGUACAUCAAUGCCAGUAUACUGUGAAGGUUAGCUGAUGUACAGAACUGAUGCUGAGUUGUUCUUGGAGAAUCAUUUAUGAUAGACCCAUACUAUUAUUAGAAUCUCCAACACCAACAAGAGCACGAGUUUUGGCCUGUGCGUGUUCUUGACAGCUUGACAGCAUCUCAAAAGUCCAUCAGAAACAAGCCAAACCCACGACAAUGACAGCAGCAGCGGAAAAGUGCGCCUCCAGAGCCGAGCGUCCUCCCAUGCCAGAACCGACGGCCAAUGCCGACGGUGAGCCGGACCUCCAGCCCCCAUCAGCCAAGGAGGAAAAGACCACUAGCAUGCGUGUCAUCACUGCUGUGCUGGUGGGACUGGCCCUUCCCCACUUCGUGCUUGGGGGGAUCUGCUCGGCUGCUGGCAUCGUCCUCUUUGGCCAGUCGCCAAUCUGGCUGGCCUACACCGUGGCGCCCAUCUGGAGUGGCAGUUGUGUUGUUGUAUGUGGUGGAUUUGGCAUCGCUUCAGCGAAGAGCAAGACUGCGUACGGGAUUCUGUGCUUCACUGCUUCCUCGGUGGUCAGCCUGAUCGCCUGCAUCGUCAGCAUCCAGCUGCUUCGCCUGGGCCUGGUCAACCACACCACGGACGGUCAGACCUUCAUGAAGGACUCCAUGGACUCUCUGGUCAUGGUGGCGCUGUCUACUACUGCUGUAGCCUGCGCCUUCAGCGUGCUGUCGGCCAUCGCGAGCAGCCUGAUCGCCUGGCAGCUCAAGAAGGAGCAGAAGAUAAGGGGCAGGCGGCGGGUCUUGUCCAAGGAGGAGAUGAUUGCAGAGAGACAAAAACAACUCAAACAGCAAAAAGAACAAGAAAAGAAAGUGCUGGACCGGAUUGAGAAGGAGCGAACUCGAGCUGGAAGGUACCACAGGAUUUGAAAGGAAAAGGAGAUUAUAUCAGCCCCGGUAAACAUUUCUAUUAGAUUCAAAAACGGGCCCUGUUGACAAUAAUAGUAGGUAUUUAUUUAACAACUGGUAAUGGAGGUUUGAAAUCGAUAGAGAAGAGCUUUCCACAGUACAUGUAUUCCAUAACAAAAUGGCUGAAAUAAAAAUAGAUUUACAAGAACUUCAAGUUCCUGAUCUGUAUUUAACAUAGUACAUGUAUGUUAAAAAUUAUCUCAUACACUCUUGUCCAGAAAAUGGUUCCGUCUUUGAAGGUACGGUUUUCAAACUCAUUUCAGAUAUCAAAAAAACACAUUGUAAAUAAUUCUUUUGACAUUUUGUAAAAAGUUGAUGUAUUUGUGAGACUCAGUCUAAAAAUAUAGACACUUAAACGUGCAGACUUGUUGUAAAGUACAUGUAGUUAAACAAGCAGAUUAAGUAUACUUGAUAAAGGAGAUAGUUUUAUAAUUGUACACAGAACAUUGAAAUCGUGGCUGAAGACUUAAAGGAAAUAUUCAAUUAUUCCAGUAAUACCUAUAUAAUUAAAACCAUAUUUUAUAAGGGUAGCCCUCCCAGUUAACACUAAUGUACAGGAACCGUCAUUACAAUUACAAACAUUCAAUGCGGCUAGUGUGUAAUGUGCUUACGUUAAAACCCCAACCUCGUCCCCAAGGCUUUCUUUAUUUUCAACCUCGUUUCCAAUAGUAACGUACCGUACGUACACACCUUCCCAAAAAUAAUCCUUUCCUUUCCAAUUUGCUCAUAUUAAUAUGAAAUGUGAUACUGCAUAACUCACGCUGGAACGAAUUUAUUCUGUUUUCACCCCAGGCCCAGACACCACAUACAAAAACAAACGCUGAUGUAAAGCAUAGGCAGGCAUCAGACUAUUCCUCAUUUGCAUACGAAUCCAAAAUUGUUGGAUAUGCAAAUGAUCCAAUACCAGGCCGUGUUUUCGAGACCGUGACCAGAAACAUGUGUUUUGGCUUUGGUCAUUGGUUGAGCGUUUUCGUGACUUCGGUUGACUGGAAUGACGUCACUGUUCCGACCAAAACCGAACAAAGGCCAAUGGUCGGUUUCGGAAUACAUUCAAGAUGUCGGAAAGGUAAAUACACGACAUAAUUUUUUACAAAACAGUGUUGGGAAAAAUAGGCUUGUAAUAUUUAUUUUUAAUACGUUUGUUUGUACAUUUUAAGUGGCCUGUAAUAAAAUGUCUGAACAAGAAUUGCCAUCCCAUUUACACCCUCCUCCAUGUUUGUUUACAACUUUUUGACACUGUUUUUGGUUCAGCGUUUUUGUGCGCAUGUGUAAACAUGUUUCUGGUAUUCAAUUUGACGUCACAAACAUGUUUUUGGUCACAGUCGCGAAAAGUCGCCCCAAGCCUGAGAGAGCAGGUAGUGAUGGGAGGGUAGGCCUACUGCUUGACACGUACCCUGGGAAUGAGAUUGUUAAAACCCGUAUCGUAUCAUUUGUACGUUUAUAAACGUUAGUUUUGUUUUUAAAAGGCUUUAUUGCUCAAAAUCUGCAUGAAAGUGUUGGGUACCGCAUUGUUUUGAACCAUCUACGUAAACCAGAUGUAGUACACAAAGGAUUUUUUUUACAAAUCGAAAAAUAACUUCAUAGAAUUUUAUGACUGGAAUUCUUCAACUCUGAGUAAAUUCCGUAUACCGAGAGGUGAAUUUGCCCAUGGGCAAUUCCACGGUUACUCACGUUACAUUUUUGAUGUACUUUUGAGUUUCCUUGGGCUGUAAUUACC